UUUGCCUUUGCAUUUAUAAAAUGAUAUCUAGUUUAUAAUAUUAUAAGAGCUAAUUUUUUUUUUCCGCAAUUACAGUCCUGGAUCUAUGGGGACACAACAAAAGCCAUGCCCAGAUAAUGAUUCCAAGCAGCAAGCUACACCCAGUCAAGCAGUACUUGAAAAGUAAUCAAGUCCCCUUCCGGAUUAUGUUAGACGAUGUACAGCAAGCCAUCGACCUAGACAAAGAGCUGGUAUACAAAAACGACUACUUAUUCGACGACGAUGGUAAACUGAGCAUGGAUAGGUACCAUCGCCUAUCGGUUAUCCACGAUUAUCUCAGCUCUCUGGUCGAAAUGCAUCCUGACACUGUGAGUGAUGGGACCUUAGGAUUUUCUUGGGAAGGCAGGCCGCUCAAGUACAUCAAGAUUUCGUCUGGAAAGGACGAUUCGAAAGCUGUUUUCAUAGAUGCAGGUAUUCACGCUAGAGAAUGGAUCAGCCCAGCAGCUGUCCUUUACGUCACCCAGAAACUAACCGAAAAAAGGGAUAAAUUGCCGAAAGAAUUACUGGAUUUGGAUUUUUACAUAGUCCCAGUUCUCAAUCCCGACGGUUAUGAAUACACGCACACGACGAAAAGGUUAUGGAGAAAGAACAGAUCUCAAAGAGGACCUGGCUGCCAGGGAAUAGAUCUCAACAGGAACUUCGAUAUCUACUGGGCCGGGAAGGGGACGAGCAGGCACGAAUGUUCGCAGGUGUACGUCGGCCCGGCACCUUUCUCCGAGCCGGAAUCUCUAGCAAUCGCUGACUUUUUGAUGACUAUCAAAAACCUCAAAGCUUAUAUCUCAGUUCAUAGCUACAGUCAACUGUUACUACUGCCAUAUUCUUACGACUCGGUGAAACCCUCGGAUUACGAGGAACUUAAAGAAACGGCAGAUCGCGCCGCUGAAUCUAUGGUAAUGGCUGGAGGAGAAUAUUAUCAAGUCGGAACCUCACCGGAUAUAUUAUAUCCUGCAUCUGGCAGCUCGGCUGAUUGGGCAAAAGCAGUGGCAGGUGUUAAAUAUUCCUACACCUUUGAACUGAGGGACACGGGAAAACAUGGAUUUCUGUUACCAGCAUCGCAAAUCAUUCCAACCGGUAAAGAAUUCUUCGAGGCGAUAAAGGUCAUCGCUGCUGCUGCUGCAAGAUCGCAUGACUGAGGACAUGGGUCCUCAACAAUUAAGGAAUUGUUUUAUUUAUUUAGGCCUUCAAUGAGUUUUAUGUUACGAACAAAAAAGUUAUUUAAAUAAAUUAUCUGUUAGCUGUGGAAGACCAAAUAUGCCACAGCCGACGGAGGCGUAGCUAGAACACGUGUUUUGUACUAAGUUAGUACAUAAAUAUAAAUAAAAUAAUAAAAAAUAUAAAUACGAAUACCAUUAUCAUUUAUAGCACUUUUGAAUAUAAAUAUGAAUAUAUUUAUAUUCAUAAAAAGAAACAUGAAUACAGAUGAAACGUAAUCAUAGCUGUAAAUAUAAAUAGGGCCGUAUUUACCACGUUAAAAGUGAAUACGGCUGUAUUUACAGUUGUGCAAGUGAAUACGGCUGUAUUCACGUUUAUUAAAAUGAAUAGGCUUAAAUUUUACAGAAACGAAUGGAAAUAUUUUCACACAGCCUUAUGAACG